AUGGGAAGCACCUCAUCGAAAUUCAAGAAAUAUCUACAAAAUGGCGACGAGUUUGCGGCCAUGCAAAUCUACCAGAGUUCCCCGGAACUCAGAAAAAAUCUGGAUCCGAAUAUGAGCUACGGGGAAAGUCACAACCACAAUACGGCUUUGCAUUAUGCUGCUAAACAUGGAAUGAAACAUUUACUUCGCACCUUUCUUAACGAUUUGGGGGGGAACCCGAACAAAAAAAACGCCCACAACGAGACUGUGUUGCACGCGGCGUGCCAACUUAACCAAACGAAAAGUUUCAGUGCCCAAGAGAGACGAGCGGCCUGCGUCCAUCUUCUUCUCUAUUGGAAGGGGGUGGCCUUGAACAAUGGCACUAGAGAAAAGGUCGACCUGACUGCCCAAGACAAGAAUUUACAAAUAAUUUACAAAGAAUUUACAAAGAAUUUACAAAGAAUUUACAAAGAAUUUACAAAGAAUUUACAAAGAAUUUACAAAGAAUUUACAAAGAAUUUACAAAGAAUUUACAAAGAAUUUACAAAGAAUUUACAAAGAAUUUACAAAGAAUUUACAAAGAAUUUACAAAGAAUUUACAAAGAAUUUACAAAGAAUUUACAAAGAAUUUACAAAGAAUUUACAAAGAAUUUACAAAGAAUUUACAAAGAAUUUACAAAGAAUUUACAAAGAAUUUACAAAGAAUUUACAAAGAAUUUACAAAGAAUUUACAAAGAAUUUACAAAGAAUUUACAAAGAAUUUACAAAGAAUUUACAAAGAAUUUACAAAGAAUUUACAAAGAAUUUACAAAGAAUUUACAAAGAAUUUACAAAGAAUUUACAAAGAAUUUACAAAGAAUUUACAAAGAAUUUACAAAGAAUUUACAAAGAAUUUACAAAGAAUUUACAAAGAAUUUACAAAGAAUUUACAAAGAAUUUACAAAGAAUUUACAAAGAAUUUACAAAGAAUUUACAAAGAAUUUACAAAGAAUUUACAAAGAAUUUACAAAGAAUUUACAAAGAAUUUACAAAGAAUUUACAAAGAAUUUACAAAGAAUUUACAAAGAAUUUACAAAGAAUUUACAAAGAAUUUACAAAGAAUUUAACAAAAAAAUUAACAAAGAAUUUACAAAGAAUUUACAAAGAAUUUACAAAGAAUUUACAAAGAAUUUACAAAGAAUUUACAAAGAAUUUACAAAGAAUUUACAAAAGAAUUUACAAAGAAUUUACAAAGAAUUUACAAAGAAUUUACAAAGAAUUUACAAAGAAUUUACAAAGAAUUUACAAAGAAUUUACAAAGAAUUUACAAAGAAUUUACAAAGAAUUUACAAAGAAUUUACAAAGAAUUUACAAAGAAUUUACAAAGAAUUUACAAAGAAUUUACAAAGAAUUUACAAAGAAUUUACAAAGAAUUUACAAAGAAUUUACAAAGAAUUUAUAAAUUAA